AUGGCUACUACUCUGACUGCAAUUGCCCAGUCUGCCUAUCUAAGAAUCUUGGAAAGCCAAGGCGGGUCACCAAAUGCACCAAGCAAACACAAGAAACAGUACCCUGAUGAACCUGCCGACCAUGCUCCUCCCACUCCUCUCCUGGCGUUUGUUGCAGAUCGUUUCCUGCUCAACUCUAUCCUCUCUGGGUCCUUGCAGUCCUCCCUCACUGCAUCAUCUUCUUGCCAAAAAUGUGUUUACUCUAAGAACACGGACCAAGAGUCGGGCAAAAGGAGAAGAGUGGAUGAACAGAGCAGGAAAAUGGAGGAGAGGACAGACCACAUAGAAGUAACAGGCAGCACUGAUGAGGACUCAGAUGAACACUCGCAUCAUUCAGAUGCAGUUGAGUAUUCGGAUGACAGCUAUCUACGUGCUCGGACAGCUGAGAUUAACAUUGAGAUACCACCUGGAGAGGAAUGGCCCUUCAAUUUUGAGGAACCACACCCCCAAUUUGAUGAGGAGGACAACUGGUGUCAAGAAGCUCUUGACAUCAACGAGCUUGCAACAAGUGAUGAUGAGCUGGGUGGCGAAGAUGACAAGCUUGUCGAGCAAGUCAACAACCAGGCUCAGCAAGGUCCACAACCACUUGGAGAUGAUGAAGAUGUCACAAACCUCCACCUACCCCUUGACCCACCUAUUGAGCAGCCUCGUGACUCGCCCUCACCUCAACCUUCCAACAAUCGCCCAGCACAAGCUCUCUCUGGCUGGACAGAGGUAGAAAUUGACGAGCUGCACAUGGGAACCACCGUCGUGGAGGCCAAGGAGGCUAUGGCCUAUGUCAAACUACUACAGGAAGCCACCAUCAACAAUAACCAUCAUGCCCUGUCGACCACUGCUUGCCUUCAACUCCGCAAUCCUUCCGCACAAUAG